CACCAAUCGACUUGACAGGCAGCUGACUGACAGGGGCGCGCCCCUCACACACACAUGUAUGCUAUGCAGCACAGAGUGAGUCCAUGGACUCACUUCCUCCCCAGCAGCUUCCUCCGCUUUAUCUUUGACAGGGGCCGGAUGAGCGGAUCCGUCAUCGACACCUAUACACAAUGGUUUGAACCGACCAGCACAGAUACACACGCACAGUUGCAAAGUGUGUGCCCCGCCUUGUGUUUGUCUGUGUGGGUGUGGUGUGGUGUGCGCACCCGCUGCUCCUUGUUCUUGAAGGGCUUCCUGCGCGGGGUGAAGUCGGCAUUCAGGGCUGCACACACACACACACACACACACAUGGAUGGGGAGCAUGUCGGUCGGCUGAGUCAUAUGAGUCUGUCUAAGCAAGUCUGACACGUACUUACGUCCGAGAGGCUGCAGCACCUGCAGCUGCUGGUCCACCUUCCAAAGCAGCUCCUUGUCCCUGUUAGUUCGGUCCACACACACGCAUGCCAUGCACACGUGCGUGCGCGGCAACGAAUUCAUAUGUAUGUCGACUGACUGAAUGACCGGAAGUGCAUGGCGUGGUAGAGCUGCUUGAGGACUUUCAGCUCAGCGUACUCGAGCUCGUCGAUGGCCUGCUGGUAGGCCUUGGACAGGUCGGCGAACAGCGGCACGUCACGCACCUUCUGCCAACCAUACGCCCACCCAAUGCGAACCUGACAUACACACACACAGCCAACCGGCCAGAUCGAUGGAGGGAUACAGGCACAUGUGUGUCUGUGUGUGUGCCCUGUGGAUGUCAUGUUGUCCUCUGUGUGUGUGUGUGUGUGUGUGUGUGUGCUGACGAGCUCCUUCGGAGUGAAUGCUCCGUAAGGCUCCUUCUGGAUCCUCUCGCGAACUGCCAUGCAUGCCACACGUCACACAUGUGUGUCGAGAGUGACAGCCACCUCCCUCCAUCCCUUCCUUCCCUCAUGUGCAUACUUCCAUCCCUUCCUUCCCUCAUUAUGGUGCAUACAUACUUACUUUUAGGUGCGAGUUGUUCGUAGAGCUCCCUCCCCUCCCUGUAGUUGAGCUUGGCCAGGCUGAACACCGCCCUGUACACCAUCCACCGGCUCAUCUCGCCCGCCCGCCCCCUCAGCCGUCGCACAAGCUCAUCCAGCACCGCCCUGUGGUCUCCCUUCGGAUGCAGCACUGCCAGGCCCCAUAUCACCGUCACAUGAUCACCCACAGUCAUGCCCUCGUCCAUCCUCUUGCAGUAGAACGGCAGCACCCGCAUGAACGUGUUGGCGCACUUGAGCUCGAUGAAGCGGGUCAGCAACAGCCGUGUGGUGGCCGCGUCUUGGGUGGUCUCGAGGCAGCUGAUGACUCUGUCCGUCAAGGCUGCGUAGUGAGGCCCGGCUUUCUUGACGUUGCCGGCCCUGAUGAGCUUGCGCAGGAAGAGGUCGGCAUCUGUGGCUGUGAAGGUCAGCUUGGAGUUGGCGGCCACCUCCAAGAUCUCGCGGGCGCUCAGCGGUGCUGCCAGAGCUGUGGCGAAGACCGACUUGGAUGGGAGGCGAGAGAAGAUCAGUCGAGAUCGAUUCAUCCCGUGGCGAGAGCAUCACCAGCGCGUGCCAUUCGUGGAAGAUGACUUCUUCG